AUGAGUACAGAAGGUGUGAUGAAUAUUCAAUAUGUUUACACUGUGUGGCAAGCUCUCAAUCGACAAGAACCUAUUAUUACCAAUAUAGUCUUUGAUGGGAAUACAGCCGUCAUACAUUUAAUUCAAAACAUUUCUCCUCGUAUCUUUCCCUCUUUUAUCAAGUUACAAGUACCAUCUCUCACCACCUUACAUUUUCGGGAAACUGAACAAGAUAGUGGAUUAUUGAAGAUUUAUAAACAAGAAGAUAGUUGGACUUUAGAAGGUCUUAUACAAUCCGUACCAUUGAUAUCAUUUUGGUACAAUCAUGUGCUAAGAGUGGUAAUGGGUAAAUUGGUGACGGCCACUGGUGAUUUAUUGGAUGCUGCUUUACAACAUGCUCAAAAGAUGUCAAUGCGUGGAAGGGAAAUACAACGCUUAGGUCGUGAUCUGGCUAUUGAAAACAUGGAGAAAUUGGAUGAGUACAGGGCAAAUCUACACGAAAACUAUUUGGAAGGUGUUCGUGGAUGGCGGGAAACUUAUAUAGACGACGAUAUUGACGAUAAUUUCAAUCCUCAUCAUUCAGCAAAGGAACGUGGCAAUUUGAUCGAAGGUAUGGUGAUUUUGAAUGAAUGA